CGCCCGCGCCGCCAUUGUUGCCGCGUUUAUCCUCGCCCAUUAAAGUCUUUUCUUCCCCUCCCUCCGAUCGCUCCGGUUUAUCCUUCAGCGCUUUUCAAACCCGCUUCUUUUCACGCCGCCAUGAGGGAAAUCGUCCACAUCCAAGCGGGCCAAUGCGGCAACCAGAUCGGCGCCAAGUUCUGGGAGGUGAUCAGCGACGAGCACGGCAUUGACCCCACCGGCACCUACCAUGGCGACAGUGACCUCCAACUCGACCGCAUCAGCGUUUACUAUAACGAGGCCACCGGCGGCAAAUACGUCCCUCGAGCCAUCCUGGUGGACCUGGAGCCGGGAACCAUGGACUCGGUGAGGUCAGGACCUUUCGGGCAGAUCUUCAGGCCGGACAACUUUGUCUUUGGCCAAAGCGGCGCAGGCAACAACUGGGCCAAAGGCCACUACACGGAAGGGGCGGAGCUGGUGGACUCCGUCCUGGAUGUGGUGAGGAAGGAAGCCGAGAGCUGCGAUUGUCUCCAGGGUUUCCAAUUAACCCAUUCCCUUGGCGGCGGCACCGGUUCCGGGAUGGGAACCCUUUUGAUCUCUAAAAUCCGGGAAGAAUAUCCCGAUCGUAUCAUGAAUACCUUUAGCGUCGUUCCUUCUCCGAAGGUUUCCGAUACCGUGGUAGAACCUUACAACGCCACUUUAUCCGUUCAUCAAUUGGUGGAAAACACCGACGAAACGUAUUGCAUCGAUAACGAAGCUCUCUACGACAUUUGCUUCCGUACCCUCAAGUUGACCACACCCACUUACGGUGACCUCAACCACCUCGUUUCGGCCACCAUGAGCGGCGUCACCACUUGUUUACGUUUUCCGGGUCAACUCAACGCCGAUCUCCGGAAAUUGGCCGUCAAUAUGGUUCCUUUCCCGCGCCUCCAUUUUUUUAUGCCCGGUUUCGCUCCGUUAACCUCUCGGGGAAGUCAACAAUACCGAGCUCUCACCGUUCCCGAAUUAACCCAACAAGUUUUCGACGCGAAAAACAUGAUGGCCGCUUGCGAUCCUCGCCACGGGCGUUACUUAACGGUGGCCGCCGUUUUCCGCGGCCGAAUGUCCAUGAAAGAAGUCGACGAACAAAUGUUAAACGUCCAAAACAAAAACAGCUCUUAUUUCGUCGAAUGGAUUCCCAACAACGUGAAAACGGCUGUUUGUGACAUCCCACCUCGUGGCCUCAAGAUGGCCGUCACCUUCAUCGGGAACAGUACGGCCAUCCAAGAGCUUUUCAAGAGGAUUUCCGAGCAGUUUACCGCCAUGUUCCGACGGAAGGCCUUUCUCCAUUGGUACACGGGCGAAGGGAUGGAUGAGAUGGAGUUCACCGAAGCCGAAAGCAACAUGAACGAUCUCGUCUCCGAGUAUCAGCAGUACCAGGACGCCACCGCCGAGGAGGAGGAGGACUUCGGAGAAGAAGCUGAAGAAGAAGCUUGAGAAGAUGGUCUUGGCCUUCACCACCAUCGGAGAACGUCAUUGUCAUCCUCGGAGAGCCCUUUGUCCUUCAGCGGCGGUCUUGGAGAGCCCUCGAUCUUCAUCGUCUUCAUCCCUGGAGAGCCUUUGUCCUUCACUGUUGUCCUUGGAGAGCCCUCGAUCUUCAUCGUCUUCAUCCCUGGAGAGCCUUUGUCCUUCACCGUUGUCC